AUGGGGUGGCAGUCUGUGCUGUGCUCGUAUUGCUACGGCAUAAAGCAGGUACUCGCGCCUAGUAUAGCGCCGAAAUGGGACGCUGAGGCCCCUGUUUUCAAGCUCGACCAAGACCUGCAUGUGGCCAACGGUACUCGGGCCGAACCCCGGAGUUUUGCAGCCAGUGACGCGCCCACGAGAAGUCGCGCAAAGCCAAGGUCUGGCAUUGAUCCGCUGCCUAAUGAAUUGAGCCUGGAGGAAACGCCACCGCGGGGGAAGGGCCAGCUUGGCUUGGAUCGACAAGGACAAGCCCGGCAUCCCGAAAAAAGCAAAAGCCCAAGCCCCAAAGCUGGGGAGUGGGAACGCAUGGGCCGACUCCUGGGGGACAUUUCGGCAGCUCCUCCGUACAUCGCUCACUCAGGCUUCCCGGCAAUUGGCAAAAGAGCUCGCGCACCUCCCUCCCACACGGAGAAGAGGAGGAGGAGGGAGAGGGAGAGGGAGAUCGCCGCUCCCAGAGCUGAAAAAAAUCAUUUCUACAAUGUACUUGGGGAUCAGGCCAUGCAAUAUCGUGAAGUGGCCCAUUGGCAAUUAACGUCAAUCAGCAAUCUCCUGCCCAUCCCCAGACGCGGCGAAACCUCACGAACGCAGAACGAAUAUUGGAGGACUGGCCACGAUGCCGAAGCCAAUGCUCAAGCUCAAUUGGCAAUGCCAAUCCCCUCUGCGCUUGUACGCACGCGUGCUUGUGCCUGCACCGCACCGCUACAGGUAAUUCCGGGGCGCAUGUGGGCGUCUUGCAAACAAGAUUUGUCUCCUGCGGCCGACUGGGGGUGUCUCGAGCCGCUGAGCAUGUUUCUCUAG